AUGCGACUGUCCGAGCUAAAACUCAACUGUCCAAAAUGCUCUUAUCGCACUGACGCUUCUAAUAUCCGCAAGCAUAUCAAAAGAUUUCAUGGGGUGACUGAAGGUGAUUUGGCAAUGAAUAGAGAGACGGCUGGAGGAGGUGGAAGUUCCCGGCGAAUUUCUUGUCCCGUUUCAGACUGCGAUGUGGCUAAGUGGGUCGCUGAUCGAUGCAAGAAGACAACAACGUCUUUCAUUGUGAACAAAACUGUGGCAACUGCCAGUGGAAAAACCAUCUACCACAACUGUCAGCACGAAGGGUUUUACGAGCGCACCGGGGAUGUCAGAUACGGUCACGACACUAAAAAACAAACAAAAGAGGCCACCUGUCCGGCAUUUUUGAGAGUAGGACAGAUUAAUGCCAAGAGACGAAAAAAUGGGAACUAA